CAAAUGAUGGGAAUUAUAAAUCUCAAUUCAUUAAGAUGUCAGCCAUAGGUUCGGGUGGUUUUGGGACUGUAUUUAAAGUAAAGCAUAGAUUGGAUGAUAAGAUAUAUGCCGUUAAAAGAGUACAAUUUGGGGAUUUUAGUGGAGAAAACAAAGAAAAAUAUCUGAAAGAAGUGAAAAAUUUGGCGAAACUGAAUUCAGAAUAUGUCGUUCAGUAUUACAACUCAUGGCUUGAGUCCAAUCAUCUCUUCAUUCAAAUGGAGUUCUGUUCACAAAGUCUUAAAUCUGUUCUCAAAGACAAACCCAUUGUCUUCGAGAGACAACCGGAAGAAGAGAUGAAUAUCAUUCAUCGGGAUCUCAAACCCGACAAUAUAUUAAUUGACUCCAACUUCACAUUCAAUCGUUGUGUAAAACUGUGUGACUUUGGUUUGGCCACCGAUCACAACACUGAUAGGCAGACUGCCAGCCGAUACGAGCACUCAGUUGUGGGCACUUUUAAAUAUAUGGCACCCGAAGUGAUCGCUGGGCGACAAUAUAAUCACAAAUCGGAUAUUUAUAGCUUAUACUUAAUCGGCGAAGAGUUGUUUGGCAUUGAUUUUCAUUCGUAA